UUCCUGCCCGCCCCCAGCCUGCGUGCGGAACUUGUGUGGAACCAUUUCCGUGUGCCUGUGAGAGGAUUCUGUUCCUGUGUCUUGUGCCUGUGAGAAAUGCUGAAAAGCUGAGCAGGAGGGAAACUGACCAGUGCUGUGUGCUUGUGUCUUAGCUGGUUAGAGAGAAAGCAAAUCACAGCUUUGUAGCUACAGCCAACUCCUGUAAGCAUGCUGUUUAUGUCAUUGGGCUCUGGUACCAUGUCUGGAGGCUUCAUGUGAUACUGAAAAUGGAGCAGGAGAUAAACUGAGCAACACUGCAUGCCAUAAUUUUCCUGCAUCAUUUUCUGCCCGAAGAAACACUUAAAUUGUCCACCUAAUUCUGGACUGCACCAUGUUCAAAUGUGACGUGCCAGCUGAGAUUGAAUGUCUUUUCAGUAAGCAGUUCCAGUAUAAGAAGACAUCUGAAUGGCAUCUUCCUGGUGCUUCAGAAAUAUUCAGUUCUGAACAUGAAGAACUGAGCAACUUUAUAUCCCUAAAAGAUUCAUUGAACAAAACAAAGAAUCUCCUAAGUGACAAGAAACUUAAUGACUGGCAUCAGCAUACUGCUUUUACAAACCUAGCUGGGCGAGUUGUUCCAGAGGUGCGGAGAUUAGCCAAUGCUGAGCUAUGCACCCAAGCUUGGUGUAAAUUCCAUGAGAUAGCUUGGAAAUAUCCUCUAUUGCCUACAAAUGCUGUAUGGAACAGUGAGUUAAACACAGUUCAUCUCUGUGAGGCCCCAGGUGCUUUCAUAGCUAGUCUCAACCAUUACUUAAAAACUCAGGAUGAUUGCUGUGAUUGGAACUGGGUUGCCAACACUCUUAAUCCUUACCAUGAGGCUAACGAUGGAUUGGUGAUGAUUGCAGAUGAUCGUUUUAUAGCCAACACAUUACCUUGGUGGUAUUUUGGCCCUGACAACACUGGAGAUAUCAUGACUAUAAAGUAUCUUAAUGGGCUUCAGCAGUUCAUCAGCAACAUGUCUGCAGUACAUCUUGUGACAGCAGAUGGCAGCUUUGAUUGUCAGGGCGAUCCAGGGGAACAGGAGUCUCUUGUCUCUCCGCUGCAUUACUGUGAAGUUGUCACAUGUUUGCUAACACUUAGUAAGGGAGGAUCUUUUGUCUUGAAAAUGUUCACACUUUUCCAGCAUUCUUCAAUAAAUCUAAUGUAUCUUCUCAACUGCUGCUUCAGUGAAGUACAUAUCAUUAAACCAGGAACAAGCAAAGCAGGCAACUCAGAAGUAUAUGUGGUUUGUUUAGAUUACUUUGGCAAAGAAGUCAUUCAAGAUAUCCAGCCAAAACUGAUUCACAACUUUGGUACAGGGAUGGCUAGUAAGUCCUUGUUUCCACAGAGGUGCCUUCCUGAAUCUUUCUUGUCGUGCCACUUAGAAUGCUGCACUUUCUUUUACAAGCACCAGACUGAGACAAUUAUUGAAAAUCUUCAACUAUUUUCUGACAUGGGAGAAGAUCAGAAAAAAAGGUUAGCUACAUUACGUGAUUUGGCUGUUUCUUAUUACAGACGCAUGUGCAAUUUGAGACGUAUUCAAAGAAAACAGUGGCUGGUAAAAAAUCCCCGAGCAGGAUGUAGUUUAAAUCCAAGAUGGGUGGGUAUUCGCAAUCGCCGCACUGAUACCUAUAAUGAGAGAAAAAAACUGGAAGCUCUAACAUGGACAGAAAAAGUUGCUCAGGGUUACUUUAAUCCUUGGUUGAAAGACCAUGUUCAAAGUGAUAUGAGUGCUGGGAGCUCACUAGAAUGCCAAUACUAUGACCUAAAACUCAAUGACUGGUACUUUCUGAAGGGAAAUCUUCUACCCAGAAUUCAGAGCUCACCAUUUUGUGAAAAUGACCUGUUAAAGGCUUUAAAUGAAACCAUAGCUGAAUUCUUUAAGGGAACAAUCAACAUUUUAGCACUGCCAAUUUGUUCAUCUUGCUAUGCUCUAAAUAUAGACUCUUUUGCCUCUAUUGUGUUAUCCAUGAUAGAUGGUGACCAGCACAUAUUGAUUUGUGGAACUCAUUCUUUAUAUACAUUUCUGAAUGAAAGACAUAGAUGUUGCAGCUUCUUGGAGACGCCCAUAUCAUAUAAAAGCAUUUCUCUUCUCCAUGAUGGAGAGCCAGUUAAUGAGCUGCAGUUAAUUACACUGGUUGUUUGUGCCCUGCAAAGGUUGGAAAUGGGUGGAUCAUUGGUUCUGCCAAUUCUUUCCUGUUUUACCCGUUUCACUGCAGGUAUUCUAUAUGUAUUGUAUCACUGCUUUCAGUUUAUCACAUUUUUGUGUCCUACUGCCAGUCUGACUCCAGGAACUGACACCGUUCUUCUCUGUUGUGGUUUUAACUCUGUCCCCAGCCAGGUUUUGCAGCAGCUUGAGAAGCUGAAAGAGCUUUUAGACUCUUUGGUGGGUUCAGGAUCACAUCAACAGGUUUUGGAAUUUGUGCCAAUGGAGGCUCUUCUAAAUGGGCCUUUUCUGCAGUUUUUAUGGGAUUUGAACUCGGCUGUGAUAAAACAAAGAUUACAUUUAAUUGGGACAGUAGCUUGUAAAGUAGAGUUUUCUUAAAGGAGAAGGAAAGGCAAAGUCACUUGGGGGUGCCAAAAUGUUAGGCACCCCCAAGUGACU